CAUAAAAUAGGAGAGCACACUAGCAAAAAGAAAAGAACACUAAUUAUAUCGGUGAAGCUGAGCAGUUAGCAGCCUGUUUCUCUCAUCUCUAAUGUUUUCCGCUUUUCUUCUCCCUUGAAUCUCUCCGACUCCCAAUAAUCUUUCUUUCUGAUUAUAGGUUCUGUAGUCUGAGAGGAUAUGGCUAAGAAGAAGAACCCUAAUGUGUUUCUAGAUGUGUCAAUUGGUGGGGAUCCUGUCCAAAGGAUUGUUAUUGAGCUUUUUGAAGAUGUUGUUCCUAAAACAGCUGAAAACUUCCGAGUACUAUGUACAGGUGAGAAAGGCGUUGGAGCUGCUACAGGGAAACCUUUACACUUCAAGGGAUCAAGUUUUCAUCGCAUCAUUAAAGGAUUUAUGGCCCAAGGAGGUGAUUUUUCAAAGGGAGAUGGCACUGGUGGAGAAAGUAUCUAUGGUGGCAAAUUUGCAGAUGAAAAUUUCAAAUUGGAGCAUAAUGGACCUGGACUUCUCUCUAUGGCGAACAGUGGACGCGAUACGAAUGGAUCCCAGUUCUUUGUAACCUUCAAACGCACACCUCAUCUUGAUGGGAAGCACGUUGUCUUUGGAAAGGUGGUGAAAGGGAUGGAUGUUGUGAAGAAAAUGGAACAAGUUGGGACUUCUGAUGGUCGUCCUUCUGAACAAGUGAAAAUAGUAGAAUGUGGUGAAGUUUUUGCUGGUAAAAAUGAAACUCCUGUUAGGCCAGAGAAAGGAAAAGUAAAAAGAUUAAAGAAACCUUCAGGUUCUGAUGAUUGUUUGGACGGCAAGGCUCGAGGACGGCGUAAGAAAUCUCCAAAAGACAGAAGGAGAAAGAGGAGGAGACACACAUCGUCUGACUCAUAUAGCAGCUCAUCUUAUUCUGAUUCAGAUUCUGAUUCCUACUCUUCAGACUCGGAUUCUUCGAGUUCUGGUUCAGAGUCUGAUGACUCCAGUUCUUCCAGUGAUGGAAGGCGCCGUAAGAGGAAGAGAUCCUCUAAAGUCCCUAAGCGGGUGCCAAAAAAGCGCGGUGGGAACAAAAAGAGAAGUGAACAUAAUGGGAAAUCAAGACGCAAGUCUAGACAGAGUUCUGAAAGCUCCAGUGCGAGUGACAGUGACAGUGAAACAAGCAGUAGCAAGAGUGGCUCCAAGGAAGAGAAGCCUAGACGUCAUACGUCUUCAAAGUUGGAAAAGAAAUCUUCUGACAAGCAAGAGGUGGUAUAUGAGCAGAGAGUGGUGGAUGACCCAAAAGAUGUGGAGGGUGCUUCUCACAAAAUAAAUCAUGUUUCAAACGAUGCUAAUGGCAAAGAAUCUGAAUCUAGGAAAGAUUUUGAAUUACUUUCUUCUGAUGAUGGCAGAGAGCAACCUAGGGGAAAAUAUCAUAGUCCAAAGAGAAGUGUUAGUCCAAGGAGGAACUCUAGUGUAAGCCCUGAUAAGGAGCGAAAAUGGAGUCCCGAGCCAAGACAUGAGGAUAUACCUCCUCCUGCGGACCCUGUUAUACCUCCUGCUUCUGCCCAGGAUCAAGAAGCUUCUAAAGCAACUUCUGACGAUGGUCAACCUAAACGUGUCAGAAAGGGGCGAGGAUUUACCGAGAAGUUUGCCUUUGCACGCCGAUACAAAACCCCUUCUCCAGAGCGCUCGCCCUGCAGGCCUUUCAACUAUGGUGGUAGGAAUUACUAUGACAGCAAUCGUGAUAGGGUUUCGAGCUACAGGGGUAGUUAUGAUCGCUCAGAUCGUCGGCGAUACAGGAGCCCUAUAAGAAGACGAUCCCCAAGGAGAAGCCGAAGUCCAUCUCGCAGUCCAACUAAUAACCGUGGACCCAGACGAGAUCGGAGCCGGAGUCCCAUUCGUGCUGUCAGUCCAAGGGACAAGCGCCCAGCAAUCAGCGAUAGGUUACGGUCCCGUCUUGGCCCGCAAGCUGACAAUCGGCGUUCUCCCAAAGCAAGAUCAAGAUCUAGAGAUUGUUCAUUGAAGCACCGGAAAAGAGGUUCUGGAUCUCCUACCCGGUCAACCUCAAACUCACCCAUCGAGCAGAGAGGUCUGGUAUCUUAUGCAGACAUUAGCCCCUGAGAUUGGUUGAGAUGGUGGAUCAAGGUAGAUUGUGGCCAUUAAGUCAACAGUUAUGCACACAUCAUUUUGCUGCACUCGAAUCUGAAUCUAUGUUUUAAGUUGUAAUAUUGGGUAGUAGUGUAACACUACUCUUCGUGCCAAGUUUUUUAUCAAACUCUGCUGCAGAAUUUAAGUUUCGCUUUUAGGUAGUGUUUUCGACAUGAAGAUAUAAAAUCCUUAGCUCGUCGGGUAUGUCAAAUGUUACUGAUGUUUAUUAGUUAUCGUUUGUCGGCAUUCAUUAUUUGGUUGAUUCAAUUGCAUAAUUUGAGAGGAUCAGAGACUAAGUAGUGAUCACUGAUGAACCAAAGAGAUCCUUUUUUGUUUUAGCACUUGGGAUGUUGACUGUCUCGAUGUAAACCGAAUUUUCUUAUCUACUAUGUUACCUCUUAUUGUUGGAUUGAAUAUUUGUAAUUUUGAUAUUUUAACUUAA